UGUGAUCGAUGCUGGAAUCUUAUUACUGUAUUCAACUAUUUCAUUAUGUAUUUUCAUAAAUGCUUAUCUUAAGCUAAGGCGGCAUAAAGGGCAAGACUAUAGACCUUUACUUAAUAGUCAGUCCGAUUCAAAUUAUGGCUCUAUUGAACGAUCCGGAUUGAUCGAUUACAACGAAACAGAUUUGGAUGUUUCAGAUGAUAAUUCAGACUAUUCAGAUGAAACUAUUGUCAAUGAUCGAACCCUUAAAACUAGAAUCUUCGAUAGUACCCGGCUUAUUAUCAGUAUCGUGAUAUGUUUGUUAUUCAGUUUCCUUGUCGUUGCAAGAUGUCAAGGUUAUCAUGAAAAUAAACACGGAAGUUAUUGGCUUGUGACUCCUAUAUUAGAAGUCAUCGUAUGGCAGCGCAAUGUUCUUAACAUCCGUGAACACUUGAACGGACUAUACUUUCUUUCUUUCGUUUCUUAUAUAGUAGAUAUUCAAUCUCUUUAUAUGAAAUUUGGUACAAAUUUCGCGGAAUAUUCGUUUAAUUUGUGGAUUCUUGGCUUUUCAUUCAUCUUACUUUGCAUUUUAAUCACGGAACCGAAAAAUGAUACUAAAUUGCUUUCAAAACCAAAUGCUGAGGGCAGAUACUUGUCUCCCGAGACGAAAUGCUCUCUUUAUGAUGAAUUUACAUUUUCAUGGGUCAAUCCGUUAAUCAGCAAGGGCUUUCGAUCUACUCUUGAUGAUAAAGAUGUUUUUGAGUUACCUAGUUUUGCUAAAGCUAAAAACAUAUUAAAAACCUAUAAUUCUUUUAAAAAAUCUUCUAUCUUCAAAUCACUAUUAUUCAACUCCCGGAAAGAGCUUCUUAUUCAGUUCGUUUAUUCAAUGCUUUGGUCUCUGAUUACCUCUUUUGUUCCUCCCUAUUUUCUACAACAAUUGUUAUUAUAUAUUCAAAACUAUCCUGAAGGGUCGCAUACGACGGCUUAUUUAUAUGCCUUUGGGUUAUUUUUGGGUGUUGUAGUGCCAAGUUUGUGCUUCCAACAGUCAUUAUAUAUUGGUCGUCAUCUAGGUGUAAAAUUUCAAGCAAUAAUCAUUGGUGAAGUAUAUCAAAAGUCUCUAUCUCGAAAAGAUACGUCUGGUGUUGUUGAUGAUGAUGAAUCUAAAAAUAAAACCGGAAAGAUUACUAAUCUUAUGGCUGUUGACGCCCAAAAAAUUUCAGAAUUCGCGGCAUACAUUUUUUACUUAUAUUGUUACCCUAUACAGAUCAUUGUUUCCCUCUUGUUGUUAUAUGCUUUGCUUGGUGUAUCAGUUCUUGCAGGUGUAUUAGUUAUAAUUUUAACAUAUCCAGUGCCAGCUUUAAUUAAUCAGAGGUUUCAAGCUAUUCAAAAACGUCUUAUGGCUGCAACUGACAAGAGAAUGGGCGUGAUAAACGAGGCCAUCCGUGUCAUUAAAUUUUUUGCAUGGGAAGAUCAAUUUCGCACAAAAGUUAUGAGUGCUCGUGAUCAUGAGUUAAAGGAAAUCAAAAGUCGAUUGAUGGAAUGGGUUUAUAUGAGUAGUCUUUGGACGUGUUUACCUCUUCUACUAAUGCUGUCUGUGUUCCUUACUUAUACAAAAAUAUUUGGCCAUGAUUUAACUGCUUCUGUCGCAUUCACCGCCCUUGCGCUACUUAAUAAUCUUCGUAAUGCCCUUGAUGAAAUGCCUUAUAUUCUCACUUCGAUUAUUCAAGCCCGUAUUUCAAUUUCUCGUAUUGAAAAAUUUUUGAACGAACCGGAGCUUGAUCGUAAAAUUUCAGUCCCAAGCAUUGGUGAUCCCUAUAUUGGAUUUAAGAACGCCACCUUACAAUGGCCAGAUGUAGAUAAUUCCGUAGAAGAUACUUCCAAAUCCACAGACUUAACCACGCGAAAACAGUCGAACAAGUUCAUUUUGAAAAAUUUGAAUUUAUCUUUUCCUGUUAAUGAAUUGUCAAUAAUCUGCGGUCCUACAGGUUGUGGCAAAACAAGUUUACUGAUGUCAUUGCUAGGGGAAAUGGAAUGUUUAGAUGGUCAGGUGUUCUUACCUAGAACAACUAACGGGUCUUCGACAGAAUUGGGAGGUGCACCAAGUGGUGUUGCUUAUGUUGCUCAAACAGCGUGGCUCCAAAAUGCUACUAUCCGAGAUAAUAUUCUGUUUGGUCUUCCAUUUAAUAAUGAAAUUUAUACAAAGGUUUUAAGUAUUUGCGCUCUUGAUAGAGAUUUGGAAAUCCUUGAAUUUGGUGAUAAAACAGAAGUUGGCGAAAAGGGAAUAACACUUAGUGGUGGUCAAAAACAACGCGUCGCUUUAGCUAGAGCUGUUUACUCUCAGGCCAAAAUAAUAAUUUUAGACGAUUGCUUAUCUGCUGUUGAUUCACACACUGCAAAACAUAUAUAUGAACAAUGUUUGAUGGGUGAUUUGAUGAAAAACCGUACUCGUAUUCUUGUUACACAUCAUGUGGGACUAUGUCUUCGUGGUGCUGCUAAAGUAGUAGUUAUGAAGGACGGUCAAAUAUCAGGUGAAGGAAGUGUAAAAGAAAUUUUAGCUACAGGGCUGUUGGAGGGAGUAACAUUUGAAAAUGAAGAAUUAGGGGUCUCUGUUGAGGAUGUCACGGAUGCAGAACCUCAAAAACUCAAAAAAAAUAUUGAAGAAGGAGAUGGAAAACUGAUGACCGAGGAAACUAGAGUUGAAGGAGCAGUUGAAUGGAAAUAUUACAAACUUUACUUAGUAGCAUCCGGUGGAUUUUGUUAUUGGUUGUUUGUGCUUGUUUUACUUGUUUUGUCACAAACUAUAAAUGUUGGGCAAGAUUGGUGGAUUCAAGAAUGGACCAAAGCUUACAGAGAUAUCAGCGGUCAAAUCCUCCAAUUUGCUGCGACCACCUAUUCUAUCAUAUCUUUGGGUGUCACCUCUAUUUCGCUAGAUAAUAUAUACCGCACUACUGAAACCUUUGCAUUACCUUCCAUCUUAACACCCUCCACUAUUCAUUCUGCUUCGAUAAGUAAUUCGUCGUUCGUAAACACAUUGGAAAAGAUUCACGAACCCGUAAAUGUUGACUAUUAUCUUUGGAUUUAUUUAAUAAUUGGAUUGGUAUCCGCGACAAUAUCAUCCUUUAAGACAUAUUAUAUGUUCGUUGGUUCUUUAAGAGCGUCUAGGAAAUUACACAGUGAUAUGCUGGAUAAGGUGCUGUCAGCAACACUUAGAUUUUAUGACACAACGCCAAUAGAUAUGGAAACACUUGAUCAAAACUUAUCUCCCAUUGUCAUGUUCCUUCUUUAUUCAUGUUUUGCUACUGCAUCGGUGAUUGUUGUCAUUGCAUGUGUAAUACCUCAGUUCUUAAUAGCCGGCAUUUUCAUUUCAAUAAUGUUUAUAUUUAUUGGAGCAUAUUAUAUUGCUACAUCCAGAGAUUUAAAACGAUUGGAGUCCGUGAGUAGAUCUCCGAUCUACGCGGCAUUUGGCGAGACUAUAAUAGGUGUAACUACCAUCAGAGCGUUUGGUGCAGAAAAACGAUUGAUGAAAAGAAUGUUACGUCUAGUAGAUAACAAUAAUCGACCGUUCAUAUUUAAUUGGGCAUGUAAUCGGUGGCUUCACACUCGUGUUGAUUUCGCAGGUUUUGCAUUAGUAAAUGCAUUAAAUUUUACUGGCCAUGUAAUUUGGGUUAUUCGUAUGUAUGCUCUUCAGGAGAUGAUCGAGAGAAUCUACGAUUAUUUGACAUUAGAAGAAGAACCACCAAGGAUUAUUGAAUGUCAUCGCCCACCAUCAGAGUGGCCUACAAAAGGGGAUAUUCAAGUUAAAAAUCUUGUUAUGCAAUAUUCACCUGAUGACCCUCCAGUAUUAAAAGAUGUUUCAUUCCAUAUUCGACCUGCAGAAAAAGUUGGAAUUGUAGGCAGAACUGGGUCUGGAAAAUCUACAUUGGCAACAUCUUUUUUCAGGUUUAUGGAGCCAACUUCCGGUCAAAUGAUUAUUGACAAUAUUGACAUUUCAACUAUUGGUCUCUUUGAUUUAAGGAGUAGGCUUACAAUAAUACCUCAAGAUCCAGUGUUAUUCAGCGGAACUUUGAGGAGUAAUCUAGAUUCUUUUGACGAACAUGAUGAUGAAGAAUUAUGGAAUGCACUCCGAAGAGCUCAUCUAAUAGAAGGUGAUGCUACUAUAGGUUCAGAUACUGGUGAUAAUAAUUUAUCUCAAAACGAACAAUCGCAAAAUCAGGUAACAUGGACUCUUGAUGCACCCGUUACUGAGAACGGUAAUAAUUACAGUCAAGGUCAACGGCAGUUGAUUGCACUUGCGAGAGCAUUGGUGCGUAAAUCUAAAUUGAUUAUUAUGGAUGAAGCAACGGCUAGUGUAGAUUUCAAAACAGACAGUAUGAUUCAAAAAACUAUACGUGAGGAGUUUAGUGAUGCAACACUAUUAUGUAUUGCACAUCGUUUAAGAACUGUUGUAGAUUACGACAAAAUUCUAGUUUUAGACGCUGGAACAGUUAUGGAGUUCGAUCAUCCAUAUAUUCUUUUACAAAAACCAGACUCAGUUUUUCGCGGAAUGUGUGAUCGAAGUGGAGAAUUGGGAGAAUUAAUUGAAAUAGCUAAGGCAAAAUAUGUCAAAGAGCAUGGCAAUAUUAAUUAG